AUGUUUAGAAAUCUUAUUCCUCUACUUGCGAGCAAUUUCCAUGUUGUUGCUCCCGAUUUACCUGGAUUUGGAUUUACGACAGUUGACUGUCAUUAUGAGUAUACUUUUGAUAACUUAGCUAAUACAGUUCACGAUUUCGUCUCGGCAGUUGGUUUGUCCAAGUACAUCAUCUAUAUUUUCGAUUAUGGUUCACCUGUGGGGUUGAGAUUGGCCCUGAAAGACCCGUCCGCAGUGAAUGGAAUAAUUGUUCAAAACGGUAACGCCUACGAAGAGGGCUUGGACGACAGAUUUUGGGCUCCUUUGAAGAGUUAUUGGAUGAAAGAUAAGACUGAUGAGGAAUGCUCUCGUUUGUUAAAAGACUACGUGAAAAAUCCCGAGAACAUUAUGUGCCAAUACUUAGACGGUGUUGAAGACCCACUCAAACUUGAUCCUUCAGCAUAUACGCUAGAUAUUGCGUUAUUUGAAAAAUCUAAAGCUCCUGAUAUUCAAGUACGCUUAUUUUAUGACUAUAAGCAUAACGUGGAAAUGUAUCCAAAAUUUCAAGAAUAUUUCAGAACCUAUAAACCAUCCACAAUUGUAUUGUGGGGUAAGAAUGACAGAAUAUUUACUCCUGAAGGUGCUAUGGCCUAUCUUAAAGAUAUUAAAACAGCUAGCUUGAAGUUUUAUGAUACAGGUCAUUUUGCUUUAGAAACACAUGUUGAUAAUAUUGCCGAAGACAUACUCGAGUUUUUCAAUAACUUAUGA